AGCAGAAGGACCCAGCCGGAGCGCUCGAGAGAAAUAGUAUAAAACAGUAUAAUAAGAAUAAAAAAAAACAAAGAUGCUGGUGUGGAUGGUAGCUGCAAUGGUAGUCGUGAAUCAGAUACCUGAAGCCACCACGGCGACGACUCGGAGUGGUUUUGUGAGCGCCUUCGAGAAACACGGAUGGUAUUACUUCAUGGUAUCCGGUUACGCCAUGAACACUACCGGGGAAUACAACAGUACCAUCGCUCCGUCUAUGUGUGUGUGCCGCAGUCGGUGCGACGUGAACCCCUCCUGUCACGCAGUGUCCAUUAUACCGCUUGCGGCCGGCGACACCAGUGGCCAGACUGAGUGCCGCACCUCCACGUACCCGGAGAUCCUGAGCGAGAAACUGAAGCGCCCUUGGCUCGAGGCAACCGAAGGCGCCUACCACAUCCUGAGAGCUGAAGCCGGAGACCAGAAACUGCCGCAGUAUAACGACGGUCUCUACUACAACCAACCCGCAUCGGAGAAGACUUGGCACGCAGCAGGCUGUCCGCUUGCGGUGGCCAGGACGCCGGGCCAGCUGGAGAUCUUGAAGAUGGAAUUGGAGCAGCUUCCCGCCUCAGCUAAUUCGAAGAUGUACGUGGGCCUCCGACGAGAUGCCAACGGGUCUCCGGUCUGGGACUUCGGGAGUCACACUGAACCUUACACCCUGGACAGUGGCCUGAUAGAGGACAGUCUGCCGUCGUCCAGUCCUGCGGUGUUCUACCUGACGAAGGACGCUGGUUCAGGAGAGUACAAAUUCGUGGCUUCAGAUGCCAAUACACCUCUCCGCGUGUUAUGCCAGAGGAACCACCUGAAUAUAAUAUUUUGAAGACGCGGUAAAUCCGACGUUAAGAGAUCUGUAGUUUGGGAGGAAAAUAGAGAGGAUAAAGGGGAGAUAAGGAAAAGAAAGGAAGAAGAUGAAGGAUAUGAGGAAGAGGAAAAGAGAGCAUCACAAUGAUUUUGUAAUUACUAGUGAAGGGCGAUACCUUUUUUAUCGAUUACUUCGAUUACUUUUGCGAUCAGUAAUCGAUUAGUGAUCGAUUACUUUCGCCUGGAAAUAGAUUAUGCAGUGGUAUAUUGUGUAGAGUAUACGGUAUUUAUGGUUUUAGUGUUGUCUCUCUCUCUCUCUCUCUCUCUCUCUCUCUCUCUCUCUCUCUCUCUCUCUCUCUCUCUCUCUCUCUCUCUCUCUCUCUCUCUCUCUCUCUCUCUCUCUCUCUCUCUCUCUCUCUCUCUCUCUCUCUCUCUCUCUCUCUCGUUGAAGGACCAAGGCGAGUAAAUAAGCGCCGAUUUUUUUCUAUAAAAAAAACAAGAAUUAUUAUUCCAAAACCAAGCAUUCGUUCAAGAAAUAUCUUGCAUCAUCAUGCAGAGUAAAACAGGUGUCAUGGGAGUAAUCACUUGGCAAUCGAUUACUGGAAACUAUAAUCAAUUACUGAGAAAUUUCACUAGUCUUCUUCUAUAGUUCACUCCCGUCUUUAUAUGAGGCCGCUUAAAUCUCCCCUCAGGGGCAAGCACAGCAGAAUGAUCAGCAUCUUGGCUUGUUUUUACUGCCGGAUGCCCUUCCUGCCGCCAACCUUCCCCAUUCAUCACCCACCACUAGUAAUUACUUGUAUUUUAAAAAUAAAAUGAUAUUGGCACAUCUGGUUGAUAUAUUCCAAAAGACAAGUACAGUUUUGGGAAUCACAUUCACUAUCUGCAUUUUUAGUAUAAUAAAAGGAAAUACAGCCACAGAGUGAAAAGAAAGUGAAUGUAACAUUUCAAACGAAAUGCUCCCUUUUGUUUUUUGCUUUGUCUGAAGAGGAUCUCUUGACGAAUUCAAAUCAUUACGUUCAAUUUCUUUUCAUAUUUCCUUUCAUCUGUGUGCACAUUACUGUGUUAAUGUCCAUUAUAAUCUCAUAAUGCACAAAGUAGUAAAGAUAGGUGAAUUGGCAAAUCAAAAAGUAGAAUGUUGAGGAAUUUCCAAGUCUACCACCCCAUUCUUCACUACUCCACACAUUAACCUCCCAUUGCCGUGAUUACCUUUCACAACUCUUGGAAAAACACAUCUGAUGGCCUGGUUAUUUACAAGGAAUUGGGGAAAUUUAUCACAUUGCCUACACCUGAGAGAAUUAACUUGCAAAUAGUGUUUUAUUGGUAUCAUUGUUAGAGUAUCUGCAUAUAUGGUUAAUGUCUUGGCAGUGGCAAAUUAUUACACAAAUAAUCAUAGAUGGUGAUUUUAAUAUUGUUAGCAACAAUUUAAUAAAUGUGAAUAUCUUGA